AAAAUUAUUUUCUUGAAAGAUAAUUCAUCUCUUUUGCAAAAAAUGGCUGUUCAACAACCGAUCGUGGAUUCUUCUCUUCGUAUUGCUUCAGAUCCAAAUGAUCAAUUACAAAAAUUAAAAAUUGAUGUACUUAUUUCUGAAGCUCGCAAGCCUAUUGAGCCUCUUGUUUAUGCAAGAACUACUGAUAAAGUUGCUUUAAUCCUUAAUCUUUUACGAAUUCAUAACAUUAUUUCCCUUCCAAUUUAUGAUCCAAGCAAGGGAAAAUUUAUUGCCAUUGUUAAUGUUGUUCAUAUUUUAAGAUUUUUAAUGUUGCGUAAAGCUUAUUCUCUUCCUGUAUCAACUAAUGAAUCUAUCGAUAAAGAAUCUCAAACCAGAGAGUUAAAAGAAAAGAUUGAAAAUGAUUUAAAAGAUGUUUACGAUUUCCAGGUCAUAGAAGUUAUUAAUUCCAUUGAACCCAAAGCUUUAGAUUCUUUCAAAAUGUAUCAUAAAAGCACACCUCUUAUUGUUGGUCUUCAAGCAAUGGGAACAAAGGAAAAUGAUUAUUCAAUUUUAGUUUCUAUUGCUAAAGAAAAAGAAACAAUGGAAGGAGAUAUUCAAAAAGCGUCGAUACUUACGCAAUGGGAUGCAAUUAAUUUUUUGAUGAAUAAUGAAAUGCUCAAAACAAAUAAAGCUUUUGAUUUACCGGCUAAUAAAGCAAUGCAAAGAAAUUGGAUUUCUUUUACUAAAAAAGAUGAUCCCAAUCAACCUUCACACAG